AGUGCAGGAGGACGAUCCUCAGGACGACUCGGCAGGUGCUGCUGUCGCGGCCACGGCGGCGCUGCUGGCACGGCUGGCUGAGGUUGCCUCACACGCUGCCGCCGCUGCUGCCGCUGCCGCCUCGGCCGACCGCGGCGGCAGAGAAGAGGUGGUCACGAGCCUCCGCGAGGUGCUCCUUGGCUUUCCUGCGGCGCAGGCGGCGGCCUUCUCCGCGCUCGAGUCCGUGGUAGAGGCGGCUGCGCCUUCCACUCGCGCCGGCCACCUCGUCGCCCUCUCCGAGCUGCUCCCUCCGCCCGACGACGGAGGCGCGUGGCGGUCCGAGUGGGCCGAGCUCUACGCGGAGAACCUGGAGCAGUCCGGCGCCGCGCGGGUCAGCGGAGUCACGCGGGACGCGGCGUGGGUGGCAGAGCAUGAGCCGCUCUCCAAGUGGCUCUCGAAGCUCGAGGGGAGCGACAUCGCGCCGCUGGUGGCGCUGGGCGCGCCGAGGCACGAGGCGGAGGCGUACGCGUGUCUCACGAGCAAGCGGUGGGCGCUGGCGCGGCGGCUGCGCGAGCGGGACAGGCGGUACGCCGGCUCCACCUUCGCGCUGUGCGACGCCAUCGUCGCGCAGGCGCUGCGACAGGGCGAUGCGGGCGAUUCCGACUUUGCGCCCACCUUCACCAAUCUGCGCGGCCUCAACUCGCUCGCAAACAGCGACCCUGCCUGGGAGAGGCUGACGGUGCCAGACUCGACCGGCUUCUGCGGCGUCUGCUCCUCGUCGCUUGUCGCCGCAGACUUCGGCACCGGCGCGAGCGCCUUCACGAGCUGCGGCCACGCUGUCUACCACCGGAACGCGGCCGGCAACGUCUCCUUCGAGCCGCAGGACUCGCCGGUCGUCCGCUUCGACUCUGCGCCCGAAGACGAGCACGGGCUGCACUGCUGCGUCGUGAUCAAGCCGGGCAUCUACGCCGUCUUCCCGCCAAACACCCUCUUCCGACUCAAGCGCGUCGAGCCGCCCGGCUGGACGGCGCCUAACGGAGUCGUCGUCGAGCAGCCGCUCUACGUCGUCUCCGCGACCUACCGCCCCACGCGUCCGCUCGCCAGCCUCGGCGCGGACGGCGGCAAGCUGUGCGUCGCGUCGGGCACCCUCUCCUACGGCGGCAGGCAGGCCUUCGUCGAGGGCCUCGACGGGCUGCUGCCGACGAGGCCGCCGCUCACGAUGGAGAUGGAGUUCCGGCGCGAGCUCGAGUGGAGCGACUGGAAGGGCGCGCGCUACACCCUGGCCGAGGAGUGGGAGUACUGCCUCGGCGAGUCGGUCGAGCGCCGCGACUGCACCGCUGGCCAUCGCGAUUGCGGCCGCGGCGGGUUGCGCCUCGACGACUACGAGCGGCUCGCCGAAGAGUACGUGUCGAGCCGCAGCCCAGACGCGCCGCUGCUCUCCCGCGACGAGGUGCUGGCGGUGCGGCUCUACAGCGGCCCGGCGUACCAGCCCAUCAACUCGUACCUGCGGCAGGUCGCGGCGCUGCAGGGCCGGCACCGGGCGGCCCUCGCCAGCGACCCGGCGCUCACUUUCGCGCAGACGUGCCGCCACCUCGCGGCCGCCGUCAGGAAGCUCGCCGCCGUCGCGACCGCCGACGAGGUGGCGGCACCGCUCUGGCGCGGCGUGCGCGGCGAGCUUCCGCGCUCCUUUUGGGUGGCCGACUCGCAGGGGAUGGUGGUUGCGACAGAGACGGCCUUCAUGUCCACUUCGCGCAACAAGGCCCGCCGCAGCGCAUGCCCCUCCCUGCAAUGCGUCGCCCUUCGCACCCUCGACGCACCGCCCGCCACACAGGCGACGCCGCUCGCCUACAUGGGCGGCGGGCAGAACGUGCUCUGGAAGCUGCACCCGCGCGCGGAGUCGGACGUCGGCUUGCACAUGGGCGCCGACAUCUCGAUGCUCUCGCAGUUUCCGGGCGAGGCGGAGGUCCUCUUCCCGCCGUGCACCGUGCUGAUCGUCGACUCGCGCCGCGGCGGGGCGAAGGACGACAUCAUCAGCAGCGAGAAGCAAGCCGGCCGCUUGAGCCGCAGCUCGAUGGACGACUGGAUGGCCGAGGAGGCGCUCGAGGGCGACAAGAGCUUUCUGAUGGUCGAGGCGCAGCCGUGCUUCAUCUAG